AUUUUAUCUCUUCUGGCUGUUAUUUGUGAAGAAAUUGUGGAGGAUUGUAUCAAAUGUGGUGGACUUUACUUCUUUGAAUUCACAAGCUGCAGUGCCUUUCUUCUGAGCCUCCUGGUCCUGUGUGUGUACUGCACUGAAGUAUAUGAAACCUUUGGGGAAGAUAAAGUACAGAGAGCGAAUUUUUGGGCUAUACUAGCCAUAGGUGUCUUUUUUCUGUUAGCAUCAAUAGUGCUUACUGUGACCAGCUCUGGGACUGCUGUUGAAAAUGCUGCAUGUGUGUUUGGAUUUCUCGCAAGUGUUUCAUUUUUAGCUGAAGUUAUUGUAGAGCAUUUUUACAGUUGGAAACAAAAUGCUGAUGGACUCUCUGAAAAUCCUGGCAACACUCAGAGUGCCACAGAAAAUCAGCCACUGAAUAAACAAAGCCAACUUUCUGGAAUUAUUUAG